AUGGGCUGUCGGCGCAUUCGUGGCAGAGCCGCUGCAGCUCGAUGCGAGCGUGGACGGGUGGACGCUCAUCUUCCUGGUGAUGACCAGGGCGUUCUUCUUCAUCUCGCGCCGCCGCUCAUCGCGCUGAAUUUCCUGAUCCAGCUGCUCUACGUCGUCAAGAUCCACCGCUUGAGCGUGGAGCUGCAGGCGGAGCCGCGCGAGCAGGAGCGCUUCUACAUGCAGGUGGUCUGCGUCUUCGUCUUCGGCAUUUCGAUCUUCCGGGAGCUGCGCGACUGCAUCGACUUCCUGGCGCUGGUCGUCAGGUGCCCAGUGUCCCGUGAUGGCGGUUACCGUGGUAUCGGCGGCGGAUCAGACGGGUCGCACCGCCACGGAGCCGUGCUGUCGCAGGAGCGCUCGAGCGGAACGUCCGGCAUUUUGAGUUGGGCCCGGAGGAGGUCCAGCAAGACUCACGUUUGGACCUUGGGCUCUAUGAGUUACAGCUGGAAGGUGGUGUGUUUUCUUUUCGUUGGCAUGCCCCGGAUCAUGUUCUGCAGCCUCUUUGCGAAGGUUGGAGCGGGUUUCAUCGUGCGCUCCCCCGAUAUCAUCAUCGACACCGUAGGUGUAUUAUUCGUGGUGGAAAUAGGGACUUUCAUGUACAACGCGUUCACCACAAACGCAGUGAAGCAACAGCUGGAACAGCUGCAGCCGAUCGAGUGGUACCCCUCGAACGCGCGGCGGCUCGCAGCUUUCCUGUUUGUGAACUUCGCCUAUCCCGUGCUGCUGAUCUGCUUCAGCGUCGCCGUGGUGUGGUACUCGCGGAAGGCGCGCGGCGAGCAUGAGGACCUCGGAUCAUCGCUGGCGGACGGCGAGACCGCGGUCAUGUCGGACCUUAGGGAGGUCGUCGACUUCUUCAAGGAGAUGGUUUGCUUGGACUGCUGA